UUUCCCGGCAGGCUGCGCGCCAAGGCUGCCCGCCGGAGUCCAGAGCUGCCGCGCUGGUUCUAAGAGUGCCAGUGAGCGUUGGGUACUGGGGUGGCGAUGGCCUCGUUCGUGACGGAAGUUUUGGCACACUCGGGGAGACUGGAGAAAGAGGACCUGGGCACCCGGAUCAGCCGCUUGACCCGGCGGGUGGAGGAGAUCAAGGGCGAGGUGUGCAGUAUGAUAAGCAAGAAGUACAGUGAGUUCCUGCCUAGCAUGCAGAGCGCACAGAACCUGGUUACCCAGGUGGAUGAGCUGUCUGGUGAUAUUGACCUGCUGAAGUCCAGGAUAGAGAAUGAGGUUCGCCGAGAUCUUCAUGUAUCAACUGCUGAAUUCACAGACUUGAAGCAACAGUUGGAAAGAAACUCAUUAGUUCUCAGCUUGCUUAAACAACUGCAAGAGAUUUCCACUGCUAUCGAAGAGUACAACUGUGCAUUAACUGAGAAGAAGUAUGUCACCGCGGCUCACUGCCUGGAAGAGGCACAGAAAUGCUUGAAGUCACUAAAGUCCAGAAAAUGCUUUGAUUUAAAAUUGUUGAAGUCUCUCAGCAAGGAGCUCACAAUACAGAAACAGAACAUACUUUAUCACCAGAGUGGCAGAAGCUGAUCGUAUGGAAAUUUCCACCCUCCAAAGAUACCAGCGGCUUGGAGUUUUGCCUACAAACUGAACUUCACUUAUGCACUGAACAAUCCCAGAAAGAGGAGAAGACCCCGGUGCCACCCAUCGGUUCUGUCUUCUUGGCAUUUUCUAUUCUUGGAGAACUGCACACAAAGCUUAAAUCCUUUGGUCAGAUGCUGCUAAAGUAUAUCCUCAGGCCUCUGGCAUCCUACCCGUCCCUGUAUGCUGUUACGGAAAGCCAACCCAGCGCAGUUAUUGUUCGUUUUGAAUCCGUAACGAUUGACCUGGAACAUCCAUCGCCAUCUGAAGUUUUUGCAAAGAUCAGACUGGUAUUAGAAGUACUUCAGAAACAGCUGCUAGAUUUGCCUCUUGACAAUGACCUGGAAAAUGAGAAAGCACCUACAAUCAUACUGGCCGAGAUGCUCGGGGAUGUGAUCUGGGAGGACUUGUCCGAGUGCCUCAUCAAAAACUGUUUAGUUUAUUCUAUUCCAACGAAUAGCAGCAAGUUACAGCAAUAUGAAGAGGUCAUACAGUCCACUGAAGAAUUUGAAAAUGCCCUAAAAGAGAUGAGGUUUUUAAAAGGAGAUACUACUGAUUUGCUGAAAUAUGCCCGUAACAUCAAUUCUCAUUUUGCUAACAAGAAGUGUCAGGAUGUGAUUGUGGCAGCCAGAAACUUGAUGACCUCGGAAAUUCACAACACUGUGAAGAUUACUCCUGAUUCGAAGAUAAGUGUGCCAGAUUUACCCAGCCUCGGUGAGGAUGACAAGCUAGAAGUACAGAAAGUGUCCCCAACUCAGAUCAACAAAGCGGUGACUCUAGAGCCUGCCAGUACAUUGGACCAGCACUCCUUCUCCUUGCCCACCUGCCUCAUCAGCGAAUCCGUGAAGAAAUUAAUGGAACUUGCCUAUCAGACUUUACUAGAGACAACAACCAGUAGUGACCAAUGUGCUAUUCAACUUUUCUAUUCUGUGAGGAAUAUCUUCCACUUGUUCCAUGAUGUCGUCCCGACAUAUCACAAGGAGAACCUUCAAAAACUGCCCCAGUUGGCUGCCAUCCACCACAACAACUGUAUGUAUAUUGCUCACCACUUGCUAACCCUCGGGCAUCAGUUCAGGCUGCGUCUGGCGCCCAUUCUUUGCGAUGGCACCGCUACGUUUGUGGACCUCGUACCUGGCUUCAGGAGACUCGGGACAGAGUGUUUUUUGGCUCAAAUGCGAGCACAGAAAGGCGAACUUCUGGAACGAUUAUCAAGUGCUAGGAAUUUUUCAAACAUGGACGACGAAGAGAAUUACUCUGCAGCAAAUAAAGCAAUCCGGCAGGUACUGCACCAACUGAAGAGGCUCGGAAUUGUCUGGCAGGAUGUCUUGCCAGUGAACAUCUAUUGCAAGGCUAUGGGGACUUUACUCAAUACUGCAGUUUCCGAGAUCAUUGGCAGAAUCACUGCUUUGGAGGAUAUCUCCACUGAAGAUGCUGACAGAUUAUACUCCUUAUGCAAAACAGUGGUAGACGAAGGACCCCAAGUGUUUGCACCUUUAUCUGAAGAAAGCAAGAACAAGAAAUAUCAAGAAGAGGUUCCAGUCUAUGUGCCAAAAUGGAUGCCAUUCAAAGAACUGAUGAUGAUACUACAGGCCAGCUUGCAAGAAAUUGGGGAUCGGUGGGCAGAUGGAAAAGGGCCCCUGGCAGCUGCAUUCUCUUCCAGUGAAGUAAAAGCUUUAAUUCGUGCCUUGUUCCAGAAUACAGAAAGAAGAGCGGCUGCAAUUGCCAAGAUUAAAUAGCUCCAUCUUGAGAGGGCCGUGUCUGGACUUCGUGCAUUCCUUCCUUGGUGUAAUUACUCCCUUAAAGACUUCUUGGAAUCACCCAUUGGUCUUGAUGAACCAACAUAUCAUGGAAGUCCGACUUCAAGACUGUCUAACCUCCUGGCUGUGUGAGGCUUUGUCGAAGAACUGGAUGUUUCGAUGCCCAGUGACAGUGAAGCACCUCGAUUCAUUGCCUUUCUAGCCACCCUUAGAGAAGAAACUGUAGGGCAGCAGCAUUUCCUGCUGCUUCCAACACCCUCUGGGAACUACGUACAUUGUAAAUACAGACCCUGGCUUUGGAUUGAGGAAUCCGGGAGAUUCCAAGAGUCAGGGUGAAUAAUUUCUGGACAAAUAGAUAUUUUUUGGGGGGAAUGUCAGGGUACCAUAUUGGCUUUGUUGGAAUUACGGAGACUUUCUGUAAUAUUUCUUUUAAUAAAUAAUGCAUUUCACAGUUAAGGAUGACUGUCUUUAAUAACAUGGAGGCUUUGACAAGAGAUGAAGUUUUUUUUUAAUCUUCUGUGCCAUUCUUUUUAUCACUGUUAUACCAUGGUUGUAUGACCCUUACAGAGGACUCAUUGUUUAUCUCC